AAAUAAUGUAGGCGCGGCCGCCACUAGUAGAGACAUGUAUCAGAAAAGCUGGGCAUCUGUAUAAAAUUUGAAAAGGGUAUUGUGGCGAAUCGUCUGGCGGAGAAUGGUUGAAUGAUCGGAAAUCAAUUACUCCGUAAUUAAUCAUUAAUUAGUUGCUAGAUUUUCAUUCUUUCCCCCGAACGCAAACCUACCCCGGAUUCGCAGAACAGAACACCUGCCAGAUUAGAGAUUAGAGAGGUGUCACAUUCCAUAGCUGUUUCUGAUUGUCGAUCUCAUCGAAACUCCGACAGUCGCAGCAAACUCAUCGUUCAAGCUCAAAUUUCUCAAAAGGAAGACGACGACAAGGGGGAACACUGUGGAUUCAUAGGCGGCUACUUCUUCUGAUUGCUCGUUUGAGGUCAUCCUACUGGCCAUGCGACGCUGGUUGCCCGCUUUUGGCCUCUCCAGAGAGGACUUCUCCGAUCAAUAUCUUCCCGGCUUUGACAUCUCCGCGGCUUAUUUCUUUCAAUUCGUUUUGCGUACAUCUAGCAAUGACCUCAGAUGCUCAUGGCCCUAGCCCUAGAGGUCUUCUUUGCAAUGCUGGCGCAGGGGCAGCUGCCGGUGUGAUUGCAGCUACCUUUGUAUGUCCUUUAGAUGUUAUCAAGACAAGAUUUCAGGUCCAUGGGCUACCAAAGCUCGGUAGCUCUAACAUUAGAGGGAGCCUUAUAGUUGGGAGCUUAGAACAGAUAUUCCAAAGGGAGGGUUUGCGUGGGAUGUACCGUGGGCUUUCUCCAACAGUUCUGGCAUUACUUCCAAAUUGGGCGGUGUAUUUUACAAUUUACGAGCAGCUAAAGUCUUUACUUUGCUCCGAUGAUGAAAAGCAUCGACUUUCUGUUGGUGCUAACAUGCUUGCUGCCUCUGGUGCCGGAGCUGCGACUACAAUUGCAACAAACCCUCUUUGGGUCGUGAAGACUAGACUUCAGACUCAAGGAAUUAAAGCUGGGGUGGUGCCAUAUAGGGGUACACUAUCAGCAUUAAGGAGAAUAGCUCUCGAAGAGGGCAUCCGUGGGUUGUAUAGUGGUCUUGUUCCUGCUCUUGCUGGUAUCACUCAUGUAGCUAUCCAGUUUCCAACAUAUGAGAAGAUCAAAAUAUACCUGGCUAAUCGAGAUAAAAGCAGUACGGACAAACCCAGUGCCACCAAUGUUGCUGUUGCAUCAUCACUUUCAAAAAUAUUUGCAUCUACACUAACAUAUCCACAUGAGGUUGUCAGAUCGAGGCUUCAAGAACAGGGCUACCAUUCUGAGAAACGUUAUACUGGGGUCAUUGACUGUAUUAGGAAAGUUUUCCAACAAGAAGGUGUUCCUGGUUUUUACCGAGGAUGCGCUACCAAUUUACUGCGGACCACACCAGCAGCUGUAAUUACUUUCACCAGUUUUGAGAUGAUACACAGCUUUCUUGUUACAACAGUGUUCCCUCCUGAUCCUCACCCACAACCACUAUUGUGAGCUGAAAGGAUCUAUUGAAGUCGUGCAUUGGAAAUUACUGGCAACGAGUUCAUAGGUUGUGUAUCUAUGUACCAUGAAAAUCCAAGGUUGCAAGUUGCACCUCCAAAGAACAGAGUAAACACACCAAUGCCGAUACAUAUUGAUGAUGAUGAUAAAUGUGACAAUUUUAUUUUUUGUUGGAAUGUUUACUACUCCGUAAUAAAGAACUCUUUUAUUUUUGCUUUUGAUGGUGUGUAUUAUUUGCAAACGAAUAUUAGAGAGCAUCAGAGCAAUUGACCAAAGUAUUCACAAAUUGUAAGAUCACCAACCAAAAUCAAGUUAUAUUCUGUAUCAAGUUUCGCAAAACUUUGAAUUUUUGGGGUAUUUACAGAUAAGUUCUGUAAGUUUUACAUAAUCAUCUAUUCCACUGGGCAUGAGUUUGUUAAUU